CGGCAAGGCAAAAAUGUGACAGCCCCAGCAUAUGCUUUAUUCGCCUUAUAAAAGUGGCCGACAAAUACGGAAGAGGAGAGAGAGAGGGAAGAAAAAACGAAGUGGAAGCUUUUGCACCGAGAAAAAUGGAGGUCAAGCUUCCAAAAGCAGACGUCACGAGAUUCCCCUUGAUGACCGACGGUGAUUACCACUACAACCACCGCGACCCGCCGCAGCCUCGCCUGAGCCAGGUCCCGAACCUCGCCUUCGAUCGGUUGAAUGUUGUAUCGGCGUUGGGCCGAGGUGCUAAAGGAGUGGUGUUCCUGGUGAGAGACGGAAUCGGAGAUCGAGAUUCGAGCGAUGAAGUUUCCGGCGAAUCUCUGGCUUUGAAGGUUGUACUGAGGGAAUCGAUCGAGAAGAAGAAUAAGAAGCAGAGAGAGAGUGAAAAUGGAGACGGAGACGAGUACAGGCGCGUGAGUUUUGAGCAGGGAGUGUUGAGCCGAUUUGAGCAUCCUCUGUUUCCGAGACUCCGCGGCGUUUUGGCGACGGACAAAGUCGUCGGUUACGCGAUCGAUUAUUGCCCUGGACGGGAUCUCAAUUCGUUGAGGAAGAAUCAGACGGAGAAAAUGUUUUCCGACGAGAUAAUCAGAUUUUACGCAGCCGAAAUGGUACUCGCAUUGGAGUAUCUGCACAAUCAAGGAAUCGUCUACAGAGAUUUGAAGCCGGACAACGUGAUGAUCCAAGAGAACGGCCACAUAAUGCUCGUCGAUUUCGAUCUCUCCACUAAACUGCCUCCGAGAACGCCGCAACAGUCUCCGGCAUCCACCGCGAAACCACCGACGGCGAAGAAGACGAGGAAACGGUUCCUCCCUUUCCGCAGAUGCUGCAACUCAGGGAUCUCACCGGACGAGUCGGUACGCGGCAGCGACUCGGCGUUGACAAGCGAGUCCGACUCGUCGGGAGAGAAGUCGAACUCUUUCGUCGGAACAGAGGAGUACGUAGCUCCGGAGGUAAUCUCCGGCGAAGGCCACGACUUCGCCGUCGACUGGUGGUCGCUCGGAGUGGUUCUGUACGAGAUGCUGUACGGAACGACGCCGUUUAGAGGGUCGAACAGGAAGGAAACGUUUUAUCGGAUAUUGACCAAAUCGCCAGAUCUGGUGGGCGAAACGACGUCGUUGAGGGGACUCAUCAGAAGUUUGCUGGAGAAGGAUCCUAGCCGUCGGAUCACGGUCGAGGGAAUCAAGGGCCACGAUUUCUUUAGCGGAUUGAGUUGGAAUCUCUUGCUUAGGGUAUCUAGGCCGCCGUAUAUUCCGUCGCCGGAAAACGAAGGGGGCGAGGGCAAAGAUGGAAUUAUGAAAAUCGACGUGGAGAAUUUCGUCCAAGAAAUAUUUUGUGCUCGAGAGGAGAUAAAAGAAAAAAACGAGGCAAGGGUCAAAGGGCUGAGUAAUGAAUUUUUGGUAUUCUAAUUAAUUUAUUCAAUUUCAAAUAAAUAUUUUUUUGGGUAAGUAAUUGAAGUCGUAUCGUGUUUUUUUCUA